AUGUCUCGCAACUCAUUCCGUCCCGGUAGCUCAUCACCAUCGUCCAGAUUCAAGUGGAUGAGAAAGGUGAACGGCGACGACAGCGUCAGAGAUGAACACAAUAACAACGAACAAAUCAGGGAGUUCCUUGUAAUGGGUCGUCCAACACAGCCUGUUUGCUCGGAUAACUCUGCAUUGGAUGAUGCUGGUAUAUUGCAUCCCUGGGCAAAAGCACAGGGGGCACUCAUCCACCUAGACCAGCCCGAUCGGAACAACAGCCCGGAACCCCUUUCGUUGAUUCCAUCGCCCGAUCAUAGAGCAUCGGCGUCCGAUAUGGCCAUUUCAAAGAGCGAGAAUAAACCAACCAUUCCCCUUACCUUGGCAAUACGACCACCACUGCCGCCCGCGAGUAUUACGGGCUGUGGCAAUCACAGCAAGCUGCAGCUUAAGGAGAGGUUAGACCGUUUGUUUGCGGCGCACCUUGAUGCCUUGAAGCCAGUCGAGCUGGUGGAGGCGGAUGGGUGGCUCAGGGCUGCCGCCUGGUGGUGUGCCAAGGGAAAAGACGCGUUAAGUGUAAAACUUGAACGUGAGCAGGAGACAAGCCAAGCUUCCAUCGAUCUAAUUCAAGGGGCUGUCGACAUUGCGAAAGCCUGGUGGAUAUGUGAGCAUAUCACCACGGAACAAACAUUGGAUGGCCUGUUAGACAAUAGAGGUUCCUACAAUGCACUCAUUGACCAAAUUCAAUGUGUUCAGGACUGCAAUUACUCCCUAAAAGAAACCCUCAACACGUUUCUCCUAGGCGAGGAGGAUUUUAUCUUAAAAUCGGUCGAUCUGCGGUUGUGGGUGCCUUGCCCAACAUAUCCGAACGAGAUAACCGAACUCCUUCACUUUUAUAGCGGGCUUGAGCAAGACCAAAGGAGUAUUGGCCCUUUGAUUUUCCAGGAUACAGCAAACACCUUUUGUUACGGAACUGAAUUCGCCAUCCUCACCCUAUUCACCGAUGAUGGCGACUCCCCGUGCGACUCGGUCGAAUGUGUCUUCUCAUUUCUCAGAUCCAGAUCCAGUGAACGAAUAACUACGCUUAUCAAUAGUCAGACAAACGUUGUUCACUUUGAGGUCUACUCGAGCAGGAAAUGGGGACUGUCGUGGCUCGAUGUUGAGUGGGAUCCACCUCGGUCAUCAAUGGAGGUAGUUCUGAAAACAGGUUACAUCGCUCAAUUUCGAUUCUCAGCGAAAGGCUUCCAGCUGGUUUGGAACCUUUCACAACAGAUCAUGAACACGGAACCCGAUCUGGAUGCUAGCCCUCUGGAAACUCCAGUGUUGCAAGAUACCCUCGCAGCGUGUCACUAUACCAGCCACAACCGACCGACCGAUUUUCCAUUGGACCCCGUGGAGUCCUGCACAAUCCGGCUGUUCGAGAGGUUCCAAGUGAUUCAGGACGGGUAUAUUGAACAAAGGCUCCAUCAGGGAUUUCGAAUCUUGAUUACUACACCCCAAAAUUGCAAGACAAUCUGCAGGGCGUCACACAUUCUUCUUACCAGUGUCCCGUUAUUUUAUAGUGUGUGUGAGACUGAAAAGGGAUCACCAGGGCUGCUGUUGCACGUUGUGGAGAAUAACUGUCGAAUAUCCAUCUCCCUCGCCUGUAAGGACACCACAUCCCGGAACCACCUACACGCCGUUCUGACUGGGAUCGCUCCGGCUUACAAUGAGACUGAUCCGCAAGCAUUUGUAAUUCGCUGCUUCGUUGUCUCGGAGCCUCAUGACCGAGAUUCCGGCAUACAGGGUGACCGUUAUCUGGAGGUUGGGCCUAGCGUUGCAUCCGUGAUAGAGGAACGUGGACCUGAACGAAUUCCAUAUGGAAACACCGUACGCUCGGAGUCACUACGAGUCCUUAUCCAGACGGAAUGGGGCUCACUGACCGAUCGAAUGAAUCUAGCACCCUCAGACUUGAGAAUCGGGCUCAGCGUCUUUGAUAACAAAGUCCUUAGUAUCUUCCGUCCCCCUCAGCGCGACUUGACGGUUUGCGUGUCCCAAGACCUGAUCCACCACGAUCUUCCGAAAGCCCUAAAAGCGUUGACAUCUGAAAUCCAGACGAAGUCUACCCUGCGGAAGAUUGAAUUCUCCUCAGUGGAAGAUCUCCAUAAAUUCCAAGAAGCUAUAACUGGAUGUCGAGUUCGCUUUGACGGAACCGCAAGCCGUGUCGUUAUCGACCGUCAACGAAGACUUAUUCCUAUCCCCUGUCGCAUCGAGGCCCGAUUCACUCGCAUUCAGAUAAUUCAACGGAGGAAUAAGUUCCAGUUGCUCGCCUUUUUUUAUCGAGCGUCUCACGGAAACUGUAUGAAUUUUGAGAUAAAGUGCACAGAUGAGUUUGAGUCGGUUGACAAUAAGGGUGAGUAUGCGGUUCGGCUCAGGGAUGCCAAGUUCGCUUUGCCACGAUCAAAAUCACUGGGGCUUGUGUGCCUGAAUGAGCUGGACUAUCCCCUCGAGCACAACGACAUAUACAUCAUGUUCACUGACGAGAAAGAGAGGGAUAAACUGAUGGUUAACCUUCCUGGACAAAGCGGCGUGGUCUAA